AUGUGGAAGAGAACUGACCAUCAACCCAAGAUCAAAGCCGGGGAUGGACCUCGGGUGGGUCAGUUCAAGGACCUGGGUUCAGCUCCGAAACCUGCCACGCCACACCCUCUAGAGCUGCCGGAAUUCCAGAGCUUCCUUGUGUUUGAGGACAUUAGCCAACACAUCAAAGAAGCGGGGGCCCAAAUGGUAAAGAAAGUGAAUGCUAUCUUCCAGCUGGACAUCACCAAGGAUGGGAAGACCAUCCUGCAGAGGACCAUUGAUCUGAAGAAUGGCUCUGGCGACAUGUAUCCAGGAUCUGCCAGGCUCCCAGCGGAUACUGUCUUCACAAUCCCGGAACCUGUCUUUAUGGAGUUGGUUUUGGGUAAAAUAAACCCUCAGAAGGCUUUCCUUGCCGGCAAGUUCAAAGUAAGUGGCAAAGUUCUGCUUGGCCAAAAGCUGGAGAAGGUUUUCAAAGACUGGGCGAAAUGUUAA